AUGUACAGGAAACCCUCCCUCUCAGCACAUCCAGGACCCUCAGUGGACAGGGGAGUGACCGUGACCCUGCAGUGUGAGGCUGAGAUCUGGUUUGACACCUUCCACCUGCACAGGGAGGGGUCACUGGACCCUCCCCAGAACCUUCAUCUGCAGGACACGUAUGCACCCUCUCAGGCCACCUUCACCCUCAGUCCUGUGACCUCAGGCCACCAGGGGACCUACAGGUGCUAUGGCUCACACAGCACCUCCCCCUACCUGCUCUCACACCCCAGUGACCCCCUGGAGCUGGUGGUCUCAGAUCUCGAAUGGAAACUGAUCAUUCUGAUUGGGGUCUCGGUGGCCCUCAUCCUGCUGCUCUCCCUCCUUCUCUUCCUCUUCCUCCGCUUCCGGCGUCAGAGCAAAGGCAGUACAUCAGAUGCUGCCAUGAAGGACCCGCAGCCUGGAAAGAGCGUGGAGCUGGAUCCUUGGAAUGGGCAGGAUGAAGACCCCCAGGGAGUGACGUACGCCCAGGUGAACCACUCAACACCAACACCCAGGCAGGGAAUGGCCACCUCUCCUUACUCCCUGUCGGAGGAAUUGCUGGACACAAAGGGCAGACAAGCAGAAGAGGACAGACAGGUGGACAGUCUGGCUGCACCUGAUGACCCCCAGGAUGUGACCUAUGCCCAGCUGAACCUCUUGGCCCUUAGACGGCAGACAAGUGCACCCCCUUCCUCCCCAUCAGAGGAGCCCCCAGAAGAGCCCAGCUUGUACGCUGCUCUAGCCAUCCACUAGCCCAGGAAGGACCCAGACCACACGCUCCAGGGAGGGGGCCUGCAGGGACCCCAGAAAGCAUAGGUACUUCCCCAUGGACACUCAGCUAGUGACCCUAGCCUGUCUGGAGACCAGACCUGCUCCCCCGGCAGUUCCUGGCACCCUCUGGGAGUCACUUUGUUCUAUAAGCAAUAUGCCUACUUUUUGGAAUCAAAGCAAGACUUCUCAAUAAUCAAUGUGUGAAUUUAGAACAAAACAGAAGUGAAAGAAUGUUUUAAAUGAAUGACAAUGUAAAUAUCAUACAUCAAACCUAUGGAAUGGAACAUAGAAACAACAUAAAUGUCCUUGAACUGAUAAUGGGAUAAAGAUGUGGUAACUAUACAAACAGAAUGUUUCUCAGCCAUAAAACAUGAAAUACUGCCAUUACCACAACAUGGAUGGAUCUGCAGAGUAUCACGCUAAGUGAAGAAAGUCAGAAAGAAAAGUACAAGAGCCGUAUAAUUUCACUCAUGUGUGUGAAAUAUGAACCUGAAGUAUCAUGUAUGUUAAAUACAUUGAAUCUCUAAUUAAAACUUUCCUGCAGCCCUAGCCGGUUUGGCUCAGUGGAUACAGCAUUGGCCUGUGGACUUGAGU